CCUCCGGGAGGAGGCAGCCCCCCCCCCCCCCCCCCCGCCGCGCCCCGCCCGCCGCCGCCGCAGCCUCGCUGGGGGCAGCCCCUGACGCUGGGGUUCUCCUUUUAAAUUUUUUUUUUUUUUUUUUUUUUGGCCGCCCCCCCUCAAACCACCCCCACUCCUUUUCCCCUCCCUCCCUCCCUCCCGUACCGCCGUCAGAGACUCCAACACUGCACCGGGAGCCAGAAGAGAGGGAGCAAAACCCAACCCAGGCCGAAAGCUGCGUCCAAACCAAAACCCACCCUUUUUAUUGCAAAGGAGAUUUUUGUUGUCGUUGUUUAUUUUUUUUAUUAUUAUUAUUAUUGUUAAUAUUAUUAUUUUUUAACCCUGACCCAAGACCUAGGGGAGGAAGCAGCGAGUCGGGGCAGGGAGGCUCUCCCGGUUAUUUAUUUUCUCCCCCCGCAGAGGUGUCUCCUCCGGCCGCCGGCUCACCAUGAUGUUUCGAGACCAGGUCGGCGUGUUGGCCGGUUGGUUCAAGGGCUGGAACGAGUGCGAGCAGACUGUUGCGCUGCUCUCGCUGCUGAAACGCGUCAGCCGGACCCAAGCUCGCUUCCUCCAGCUCUGCCUGGAGCACUCCCUGGCAGACUGCACCGAGCUCCACAUCCUCGAAGGGGAGGCCAACAACCCUGGAAUCAUUAACCAAUGGCAACAGGAAUCCAAGGAUAAAGUGAUUUCCCUAUUGUUAACCCACCUGCCUUUACUGAAGCCCGGAAACAUCGAGGCAAAAGUCGAAUACAUGAAACUCUUGCCUAAAAUCUUGGCCCACUCGAUUGAACACAACCAACACAUUGAGGAGAGCAGGCAGCUGCUGUCCUACGCCUUGAUACACCCCGCCACCUCCUUAGAGGACAGGAGUGCCCUGGCCAUGUGGCUCAACCACCUGGAGGACCGCACGUCGGGUGGCUUCGGCAGCCAGAACAGAGGUCGGUCGGAUUUGGUGGACUACGGGCAGACACACUACUAUCACCAAAGACAAAACUCGGACGACAAACUCAACGGAUGGCAAAAUUCUCGAGACUCGGGCAUAAGCAUCAGCGCUUCCAGCUGGCAGGACAAAAACCUGGCGUGCGAGAACGGCCAUCUGCCCCUCUACUCCUCCUCCUCCGUCCCCACAACCAUCAACACCAUCGGCACUAGCACAAGCACCAUUCUCUCAGGCCAGACACACCACAGCCCUUUGAAACGCUCUGUGUCCCUUACCCCACCCAUGAAUGUGCCAAACCAACCUCUAGGACAUGGAUGGAUGUCUCAUGAGGACUUACGAGCUAGAGGACCCCAGUGCAUCCCUUCCGAUCAUGCCCCCCUGUCUCCACAAAGCAGUGUAGCCUCUUCGGGAAGUGGUGGGAGUGAACAUUUAGAAGAUCAGCCUUCCGCUCGUAACACAUUCCAGGAGGAAGGGAGUGGGAUGAAAGAUGUCCCAGCCUGGCUGAAGAGCCUCCGGCUGCACAAGUACGCCGCCCUCUUCUCGCAGAUGACGUAUGAGGAGAUGAUGGCCCUCACCGAAUGCCAGCUCGAGGCACAAAACGUUACCAAAGGUGCAAGACACAAAAUAGUCAUCAGUAUCCAAAAGCUAAAAGAAAGACAAAACCUGCUCAAAUCUUUAGAAAGGGACAUCCUGGAAGGUGGCAACUUGCGUGUCCCGCUGCAGGAACUACACCAAAUGAUCCUCACCCCCAUCAAGGCCUACUCUUCCCAAAACUCGAGCACGGAGGAGCACAGCCGGGACGCGGACUCGCAUCACCCCUCCUCCCUGCUCGGCUCGGACGGCCAAGGCUCUGACUGCAAGGACUCUGCCGCCGGAGGGAUGCAGCAGCACCAUUUGCCGGGAUGCGAGGGCGAGUCGGGGGGGGCCCCUUUGCCCGAAGGUGACCUGCCCGGACAGUUCACCAGAGUGAUGGGGAAAGUAUGCACACAACUUUUAGUUUCCCGACCCGACGAAGAGAAUAUAAGUUCCUAUUUACAGCUCAUAGACAAAUGUCUAAUCCACGAGGCGUUUACAGAGAUCCAGAAGAAGCGGCUGCUGUCAUGGAAACAGCAGGUGCAGAAACUCUUUCGGUCUUUCCCUCGGAAAUCCCUCCUGGAGCUGUCAGGCUAUCGGCAGCAGAGGAGCCGAGGCUUUGGCCAGUCGAACUCCUUACCGACAGCCGGGUCCGCAGGGGCAGGGCUGGGCCGGCGAAACCCCCGCCAGUUCCAGAUCCCCUCCCGCAACCUCCCCACCGCCCGGCUGGGGCUGCUGGGCCCCAGUGGGUUACUGGGCACCCCCCAGCGCAGCCCCGCCGCCAGCCCCGCCAUCCUCAAGCAAGGCAGACAGAACCUCUGGUUUGCCAACCCGGGGGGCAGCAACAGCAUGCCCAGCCGGAGCCACAGCUCGGUGCAAAGGACGCGCUCGCUGCCGGUCCACACCUCCCCGCAGACCAUGCUGAUGUUUCAGCAGCCAGAGUUCCAGGUGCCGGUGACUGAACCUGACAUCAACAACAGGCUGGAGUCCCUGUGCCUGAGCAUGACGGAGCACGCGCUCAGCGAUGGUGUCGACCGAACCUCCACGAUCUAGAAGGCGUCGCGACGGGGACGCUGGCCGGGAGAACAACUGCUGCGGGUCCAGCGGCGAGGUCGGGGCUUGCAGGGAGCCUCAGCGAUAGCUUGCAGCCUUUCUCCUCUCUCUCCUCUCCUCUCUCUUUCUCUCUCUCCUGUUUUAAUUUUGUGAAUGUGUAGAUUGUCCUUGUGAACAUAUCAUUAGACUUGGAAUUUGUGUUGUCAUUUAUUACAUCCAUGCUAGGGGUGGGGAAAAAUCAAAAAAAAAAAAAAAAAAAAAAAUCAACAGCGAUGAUGAGAAAGCAUGGGGAGGGUUGGGGGGGGGGGAACGCGGCAGGAGAGUGUUGACAACGGAGGGUUCACCCGAGCACCGUGGGCAAACCCUGUUUCUGGAUGAGGAUACGAAUGAAUAUCAAAUAUCCCGUGGGUGUGUAUGACCAAAAACCCUUUGGGGAGGAGUUGCCUGUCCCGCCGGGGGCUUCGGGACUGGUGGUCCCAUCUCUUGAGUUUCGCUGUGUUCAGGCACGGACUGGCCCGGCGAGGCCAGAUUUUUAAAAAAAAAAAAAAAAAAAAAAAAAAAAUAACCCCAAAAUUUCCUUUCAGUUUAGCCAAGAGCAUCCGCGGUUCCGAGGCAGCGUUGUGCACAGAGCAGCGGAGGGUCGGUGGGUGCCUGCCGGCUGUGGGGUCAACACCCCCACCCCCCCGCCAUCCCUGUGCCACCGGCGUGGGGUUGGGGUACAGGGAUGUGCCGGGGGGGGGGGGGGGGGUGUCACACCCGGCGGAGGGUCCCGGGGGAUGUUGGUGACGUGGGGGGGGGGAUGCUGGGUGAGUUUCUGUGUCUCUUGCCUUGCCUGCGUGGGUACCGGGAAGGUGCUGCAUCCAUGGCUUUACACAUCUGCCCCCCCCCGCACCCCCCCACCCCCCCAAGCCUGCCAAAACCCAGCCAUGAGGGGAUUUUCCAACCCCCGGCGGGACCCACGAGGGCUGAAGGAGGCUGGGGAGUGAGCCUGCUGGUUUAUUUACCCAAAUAACCAAGCCCCAAAGGGCACCAAAAUGCAGCUUCCCAGCCCCGUUUUCUUGGCGUGAAACCUGCGCCGGGGAGGAGAUGUGGGUGGCGAGGGGCUUGGCCGCCUCCUCCCCCGCCGCUCUGCUGCUUUUUAUAACGGGGAGUUAAAUUUGGGCCGAGGGCACGAAAUAGGUGAACGGCUGCUCGAGCCCGUGCUCAAAGCAAAACCGGGGGCCAGGAAAAACCGCGGGCGCCCGCAGCGGCGCUGGGCGUAGCGGCAGCUGACGGCUGCUGGGGUGCCUCGGGUGGAAUAAUAAUAAAUUUCAACUUAAUUAAUGAGGAAAGGUGACGAAGGGGGGAGCGGCAGCCGUGGGGCGGGGGGGGUGGGGGUGGUGGGGGGAGGUUUGCAGUAAUAUUCCCCAAAUGGGGCUCGGCCGUGUGCCGGGGCUGGCCGGAGCGGGGUUGGGGGGCUGAGGGGGAGCCGGAGCAGCGGCUGGGCCGGCGGCGAUGGGAGGUGUGUGAAUCCAUUUGCCAUGCAGCAUUUUUAAGUUGUUUUCUAAAAAAAAAAAAAAAAAAACAAAACAACAACAACAAAAAAAAUUAGUGCCAAAUGCCAUGUUUUCUGUUUGCUGGUUUUGCUGUUCCUUGGUGUCCUGCUUCCCCGCAGGCAUGAGGUUGGGGGUGGGGGGUGGGAGUGUGGGGCCGGGGGGAGUGGAGGAAGGAAAACCCGAAAGCGAGGGAGGUUGGGGAGAGGUGUGAGGAGGUGAAGGAGAAGCGGGGGCCGGGGGCGGCUGGGGACCUGGGUCACACCCCCCCCCACCCCCGAGCACCCCCAGGUCGUAUGAAACCGAGGUGCGAACACAACCGCCGUAGCAGGAGCCUUCCCCAGGGAAGGCUCAAAAGUAUUUACGGAGCUGAAAUUCUAUUUAUUCCUUCGCUGACUAUAGAAACAGAGGUUAUCUGAUUGUUAAGAGAUAUUAUUUUGGAUAUAUUAACUUGCUAUGGCUGGUAACCAUGAUACUGUCUGUUAUUACAACCACCAAAUAAUUCAAUUGUUUUUUCCUUUUAUUAAAAAAAAAAAAAAGCUUAUUUUCCAUUGACAGUGUAUAGGUUAAUAACAACUUAGUUGUGUUUGCCGUUUCUCGUUGGGUUUUUUUUGGUUUUUUUUUUUUUUUGAAGUAAAAAAAACAAAAGUGGCUUCAGUUGCGUUCGGGACGUCCUGCCUGGGUCUGGGUGCCUGUGCUGAGUGCAGGCAGCAGAGCUCCAGUGAAGGAAGUUUAAAAAAAAAAAAAAAAAAAAAAAAAAAAAAUGCUCGAAUCCUAAAAGAAAAUUAUUUAUAAAAAGAAAAAAGCAUUAAAAAAAAAAAUAAUAAUAAUAACCAGUUGCAUGAGUGAGGCUGUGAAGUCAAAUCUUUAGUAAUAAAGCGGCAGUGCCUUUCUUUUUUGUAUUCACCCGUUCACCCCACGUGCAGCUGUUUUGUACCACGCGCGCGUCGUGGCGCGGGAGAUGCCGCCGCCGGGGGGGUCCUCGGCGUCGGGUGGGCAUCUCCCGCCGUCCCCCCCGCUCUCCCAGAGACAGGCCCUGGCCCCCCCAGCACCCGCCGGGGACCUUUUACUGGUGCUGUUCCCCUGAGCCGUCCCCGGCUGCAGCGGGGGAGGCCGGCCAGCUCAGCGCCCAAGUGUCCUUGGGUCCGGCGGAUGCUCCCCGCGGCUGCGACACCCAGGGAAAGAAAAAAAAAAAAAUUAAAAAAAAAAUUAAAACCCACCCUUUUCUUUCGAGGUGUCCUCCCCAGGGACAAGCCCUGAGCUCGACUGGACUUGAGCUGGGCUUUUGCCUUUGCUUGCUCAGCUCAUUCAAAAAAAAAAAAAUCUUCAGGGUUGGGGGGUCAAGCCCGGCCAGCAUCCAGCAGGAAAAUCCAAAACUGUGAUUUACGCCCGCGAGCGGCGCGGAGCGAAGCUCGAGUUUGGUCAGCACUUAGGGAAACUAUUUCUGUUGUCACCUUUCUCCGUGUCGGGGUGCGGCCGUGCCCCAGGUUUGGCUUUCUGAAUGUGCCUGAUGGAAAGUGGGUCCCGCAGACGUCUAUAAUUUGCACACAGCGACGAUAACACUAAAGUUGAUUUUAUACAAGUCAUCAGAGUUUGCAAAGUGAGUUUUAUUUUUUGUAUUCCUUUAUCUUUACUUAAAGGUGAAUGUGUAUUCCUCUGGGAGGAAUAGGAAGAAAAAAAAAAAAAACAAACAGGAAUGUUAAUAAUGUUAAACAGAAUACUUCCUCCCUUAUUAAUAUAUAUAUAUAUAACCCUUAUGUAUUUAUGCAUAUUGUAAGCUUACUUUAAAAAGCUUUGAACUCUCUUCUGUUGCAUGCCGUUCCUGGGCAGCCUUUUAUUGUACAUGCAUGCCUUUAGUCCUGGUUUUUCUGUACAAAGUUAGUGCACAAAGAACUAUUUUUGCCUAGUUAAUGUUGCCAAGCAAUGCAUAUUUUUAAAUUUUUUUUUUUUUGUCAUAUAUGGAAAUAGCAUGUUUGUUACAUGUAAAAGCUUCCCGAUAUAAAGAAAUACUAAUGUUUGGAGAUGCCGGUCUUUGCAAGUGUACAGUUUUCAAAUGUUGUUCCCAGUGAAACACCCUCGUGAUUUCAACUUGCUCCAAUGUAUUUAUUACUCAUUUCCUCCCAUGUAACUAGGAAUCAUGGCUAUAUUUCAUAUCAACGUUAUAUUGAAAGUGAAGGGAGAUGAUUAAUACAAGGUUUUGUAACA